AUGCGUUUCUCCGCUGUCGCCGUUUCCAUGUUCGCUGGUGCCGCCAUGGCUGCCACCUCCACUGACUACGUCACUGAGGAAGUCACCAUCACCUCUUGCGCCGCAACUGUCACCAACUGCCCAGCUCGCAGCACCCAAGUUUCCACCACCGUCUACUUAAGAACCUCCUCUACUGAGGCUGCUCCUUCAUCUGUCACCCCAGCCGGUCAGCCAUCCAACAGUGGACCAGUUGCCUCCGGCCCAGCUUCAAGUGCACCAGUUGCCUCCAGCCCAGCUUCAAGUGCACCAGUUGCAUCUGCACCAGCACCAUCAGGAUCUGCUAAUGCAUGCGCUGCUACUUGUGCCACUGAAUACAAUACCUGUCGAAGUGCUCCGGAUGCAAACCGAGCUAGUUGUGCUUCCAGCUAUGCAUCAUGCCUUGGAUAUUCUCCAUAUGAUAGCAACGGAUCAUUGAUCACUCCAACUGCUUGCUCCUCAGGAGCAUCAGCAACAUCUGCCCCAGCCUCAAGCGCGCCAGUUGCAUCUGCUCCAGCACCAUCAGGAUCUGCUAAUGCAUGCGCCGCAACCUGCACCACUGAGUACAACACCUGUCGAAGUGCUCCAGAUGCAAACCGAGCCAGUUGUGCUUCCAGCUAUGCAUCAUGCCUUGGAUAUUCUCCAUAUGAUAGCAACGGAUCAUUGAUCACUCCAACUGCUUGCUCCUCAGGAGCAUCAGCAACAUCUGCCCCAGCCUCAAGCGCGCCAGUUGCAUCUGCUCCAGCACCAUCAGGAUCUGCUAAUGCAUGCGCCGCAACCUGCACCACUGAGUAUAACACUUGUCGAAGUGCUCCAGAUGCAAACCGAGCCAGUUGUGCUUCCAGCUAUGCAUCAUGCCUCGGAUACUCUCCAUAUGAUAGCAAUGGAUCAUUGAUCACUCCAACUGCUUGCUCCUCAGGAGCAUCAGCAACAUCUGCCCCAGCCUCCAGCGCACCAGCUUCCAGCAAGCCAGCCAGCUUCACCCCAACUUACGCCACACCAGCUGCCUCUUCCGCUGGCUCUUCCCUCGGUGUUGUUGUUUCCUCCCCAGCUCCAUCCGUCUCUGUCGUUGCCAUCACCACCUGUAUCCCAACCGUCAUCUACUCCACCAUCUCCCUCUCUGGACAUGAGACCACUGCUCCAGGUGUCCCAGCUGCUUCCGCCAAGCCAUCUACCACUGGACACAUCUCCGUCCCAGCCAACGGUACCACCCCAGCUGCUACCCAAACCCCACUUACAUUCACCGGUGCUGCCGCCAACCUUCAAGUUGGAGGAGCUGCCAUCGCCGCCGUCUUCGGACUCGCUGCUUUCCUUUUGUAA